AUGGCAGCAACAAAUUUCUUACGAAUUUCAACUAAUUUCUUUCUAUUAAUUUUUAUCGUUGAAUUGAAUGCUGCAAAAAUUGGCAAAGAGAAACACUAUAUGGACAAAAUGUGUGGCAAUGAGCUAUUUACUUUGGAUGGUGAUAGAAUACCAGGUAUUUCAUUACAAUUAACGAGUGGUAGUAAAUACAAACCAAAUGCCAAUUGUACCGUAAGAUUUCGUACAGCUCAACCAAGCCAACGAUUGAUUAUUACCAUGGAAAAAAUGGACAUUACUGAUUGCCCAGGUGAUUUGCUGAAGAUUUAUGACGGUAAAAAUUUACUUAAUAUGGCUACUAAACAACAAUGCGGUACAACUGCAUCUUUUACUGUUACAAGUUCAACAACACAAGUAUCAAUCACAUUUACAAGUAAUGCAGCAAGUGAAUCAUCUGGUUUUCAAGCUGCCAUCGCCCUUCAUUUUCCAAUGAUUGCCUCAUGUCCUCAAAAUCUUGGCUUUUUUCAAUGUAAAAAUAAGAAUUGUAUUUCGAAGCAACUUGAAUGUGACGGACGAAAUCAUUGCGGCGAUGGCACCGAUGAAAAUCAGUGUGGAAUUCUUUCUGGUUAA